CAGCUCAGAGGAGGCGCUUCGGUGAAGUUGUGCACCGGUCGGAGGCGAGUUUUUUUUUUUUACUUGAGCGUGUGCGUUCGGGGGAAAGACGAGAGAGCAGAUCCAGAGCAGAUCCUGUGCAGAGCUGGAUCAUAAACCUGCUGGUCUGGAAGUACCGGAGGGUCCGGAGCUGUACGAAAUGAAAUCUUUGUCGAGAGGACGAUUGUAGUUGAAAAGGUGAGCGGUUCACGGCACUUCACGGAUGUCACGGUCACUGUGAACAGUUACUGCUGCUGACAGAGAAGAGGCAGUUGUUUUGCUUUUCCAUUGGACCGUUGUCCUCAGGCAGUUGUUCUUUCAAUGUGGGAUACAGUUUUGGUGAUUUCGCCAGGCUGAAAUCCCCCAGGGUCAGGACCUCCCUCAUGGCAGCCUUGCUCCUUGGGCUGCUGCUUUUUGCAAUACAGUCUCCCCCCGUCCCCUCAAGACCGAUGGCUGAUGGGGGGCCACCUUCACCUCCCACCUCAUCGCCCACCGACAAUGGGACCACCAGCCACCCAAACGGGACCCUCCAGCAGCUUCCUCAGAUUAUAAUUAUAGGGGUGAGGAAGGGGGGAACACGGGCGCUGAUUGAGAUGCUCAGCCUGCACAGCGCGGUGGCGGCAGCUCAGAACGAGGUGCACUUCUUUGACUGGGAGAGUCACUUUCAGAAGGGUUUCCCUUGGUAUCUCAGCCAGAUGCCGUACGCCUACCCCGACCAGCUGACGGUAGAGAAGACGCCGGCCUACUUUACCUCCAGCAAAGUCCCCAAACGCAUCCAUCAGAUGAACCCUGACAUCAAGCUGCUACUCAUCCUCAGAGACCCCACAGAGCGUGUGCUCUCGGACUACACCCAGGUCUUUUACAACCGUCUCCAGAAGCACAAGCGCUACCAGCCCAUCGAGUCCAUACUGGUGAAGGAUGGCGAGAUCAAUCUGGGAUACAAGGCUCUCAAUCGCAGCCUGUAUUACAUGCACAUGCAGAACUGGCUGCAGUACUUCCCGCUGGAGAGCAUUCACGUUGUGGACGGGGACGAGUUGAUCAGGGACCCCUUCCCUGAGAUGAAAAAGGUAGAACGAUUCCUUAAGCUGGAACCUCAGAUAAAUGCUUCAAAUUUUUACUUCAAUAAAACUAAAGGAUUCUACUGUUUGAGAGACCACGGGAGAGAAAGGUGUUUACACGACUCAAAAGGCAGGGCUCAUCCUCAUGUGGCGCCUGCCAUCCUGCAAAAACUCUACCAGUUCUUUCACGAACCCAACAAGAAGUUCUUUGAGCUGGUGGGUCGAACAUUUAACUGGAAAUGAACCUUUUCAGUCUCAGUAGUUUGGUGAAGAGUUGCUCGGGGAUUCAUCUCCACGAGCUGUUCUGUUUUCCUUACUAACAGUGUAGAUGAAGAGACAAAGCUAAUGUAAAUUUAAACUAAAUCUAUUUUUGUACUAGUACAUUUGUUACUGGAGUAUGAUCGAGCCAAAUAUCAGGGCAGACUGCAGUUCAUGACAUGCUCUCUUAUUGCAUGUCUUGUUUUUUCUUAUGCAUUUAACUGUCUGUUUUGUACUGUUAGAAACACUCACUACUGCUCAGCUCGAGUGAUUAAAGCAGGCGACUUAAUAUGACAUUGAUAAUGACAUUCAGACUUUAGACUGUGCCAGUUAAAGUGUUACAUAAAGAUAAGUAACAGGCAGUUUAAUAUUGUCAUAUCUUCAUGUUUCACUUCAUAUACUAUUACAUUAUUAACGUCUAACUGCAUUUAGAGCGCUGAAGGAACCUUUACCUGCUGCUAUGAUUUCUCAGUCACUUUCAGGCACACGCCAUAAUGAAUUUGUAUUUGUCCUUUUUGUCACUCAAGAUGUUUCUUUAUGUAAGAGUCAGUUAUAUAAAUGAUCUGUGCACAUCAUAUAUUUGCUGAUCAUGACGGUGUACUGUAAAUAGAUUUUUUUUUGGAAAGUGAAGAAUUAAUACCAUA